UGUCCUACGCGCGUAUUGACUCCCCUUUGGUCAUUCGCUGGCAUCGUGCCGGCCAGAUAGACCAUUCAAGGAGUAGCGGCAAGUUGCUUCACUCAGACCACUCUCUAUUUUUUUUAAAAAUAUUUUGGCCGUUAAAUUGAAUACAAAACUUUUUAAAGACAAUUAUAGUUUCCAUCAACUUUGGGUCACAUUCAUGUUUUGUUUUGGAAGGAAAAAGAACAAAGACACAGGAAAUAAUUUGAUCUGUAUUUAGAGUUUAGUUUUAUUUCAAGACAAAACACAUCGAGUUAGCAUCAAGGCAACAUUAAUUAGAAAUCAGGUCAACAUAGAGUCAACAUCGAGUCAACAUCAAGUCAAUUUGUCAACCUUUUACCACCUGUCAAAUCUGUUCACAUUUGGACAUAAGUCAUUGAGCAGAGAUCCGGAUAAUUGCAGAGACUCAUUGACUUAGCUCUGAACUGAGUAGCAGACAGAUUAUCAAGAAAUUAACUUUUUGACUGACUAAUGUUACUUCAACAUUAGAGAGCAGCAUCGUAUCUACGCAAGCUCUACUUUUGAUCCACCAUUCAGUCAACAGAAGUUCAACUAUGUUCACAAAACUCCAGUCUCAGUUACAGAUACGAGGACUAUUCUUGCUCUUCCUGGUCACUCUGAUGGCGUUUCACGGGGUCCUUGCAAGGGCCACCAACGGCUUAGAGUGCAACCCCAAUCAGGUGAAGAUGUCCUGCAUCAUGGGAUGCUUCUCAUGCUUCGACACUUAUGGCGUGGACAUCUAUAACAUGGCCGCGUGCUGCAGGGACUGCCGCCUGACAGACGCAGACAUCAUCGACGAAGGGCCGUCCAAGUGCUCCACCCAGUACAUCCGAAGCAGCUGGCUCAAGAGGCUAGGAUGACGCAGGCGCGUAAACAUGCGUCGUUUUUGAUCGGCAUGUUUUUCACAAAAUAUAAAUUAUAACAAAAACCUUUUUUUUUUUCAAAGUA